AUGAUCUCCUGUGGCUUAGCAAUGGCACCUCCAGCCAAGAACGUGGUGGUGUAUCGCAACGGUGACCCCUUCUUCCCCGGGAGGAAGGUCGUAGUGAACCAGCGGCGGGUCCUGACCUUUGAGGCGUUUCUGAAUGAGGUGACCAAGAGCAUUCAUGCGCCCUUGGCUGUGAGGCACCUCUACACACCCAGGCACGGCCACCGCAUCGCUGAGCUGGGAGACCUGCAGGAUGGGUGCCAGUACGUGGCUGCGGGCUUUGAAAAGUUCAAAAGGCUUGACUAUUUAAAUCGUGGAAGAAAGGAGCUCCAUGGGACAAGGAACAACGAGGGUCUGCAGUUCCACACCGUAGCUCCCUGGAAGUCGAAUGUCUUGGCACGACGGCAGAAGCACGUCCACCUGCCCUGCACGAUACAUGUUUUCCGGAAUGGGGAUUUGCUGAGCCCUCCUUUCCCACUGCUGCUCUCCAAGAGCACCCCACUGCAGUGGGAAGCACUCCUGGCCACGCUGACAGAGAAAGCCGACCUGCGCAGCGGAGCUGUUAACAAGCUCUGCAGGCUGGACGGAACCCAGGUGUCUGGUGGGGAGGAGCUGGUGAAUGGCCAUUACUAUGUGGCAGUGGGAAAUGAGGAGUACAAGAAACUGCCUUACUUUGAGCUGCUGGUGCCCCAGGAUUCUGCGUGCAGGAUGUUGUGUUUGCCGAACUCUGUGCCAUCUCCCAGGACAGAGCUGGUGACUCUGCUCUUGCUGAACCUACUCAACAGGCAAGCCAGGAAAUCUUGCCUCAAAGAGGAAGAGUCCAUUUUCCAUGCUAAACCUGUCCGUGCAGGACAAAACAGAAGGAGCAAAAGGAAUGUGCAGCACUGGCCUGAUCAAGAAAGUGUGUAUAAAACCAAAGAUCCUAGGAAGGAGAUGCGAGGUGCCCAGGAAGUAAAAGAGGACGAGCACACAAGGGUGGACGUACCCGUUGAUCAGGUGUGA